AUGUCGGAGCCAGUGACAGCUGUCACAACUUGCCCAGCCCCUGCUGUGGCCUUCGUCAGCGCGGAAGAGUCCAGCCAGGCAGCAAGUGCUUGCCUCAUCCAGCACAUUCGCCAGACGCUGCAGAAAGCACAGGAAAUCACGCAGGUCGUUUCAGAGGCGGAGAGCAUUGCCGAGGACGCGCAAAAGUUCUGCGAAGCCAUCCAGGCUCAGCACACAGUGCAGUCCAAGAAGCUGGCUCUGACUGGGAAGCCAUCCGCUCCGGUACCUCCUCUGGCCGCAAGCUUGACGCGUGAGAUCCAGAGCUCUGUGGUGUGGACGCAGUCCCUCCUACAGGUAUGCAACGUGGCAGAGAGCUCGGCACCCAUCGAGAAGGGCUCCCAGUUGCAGUUCACCCAGUCCUCCGGCCCGAGUGUGCAGUGA